GGCUGGGAGUCGAUAUGAGUAAAAAACACUGAUGAGUAGCUUGUGUAGUAUGAAAAGAAGUCGGCAAACAUAGUUAAUAGCAGCGGUCAGGUAAGAUAGAUGUUCCUCAUACGCGCCAUACAUUUAACGAAUAGUCACGAUUUUAAUAGUAUCCUCUCUUCUCAUUAAUUAUCAAGGGGGCUUGCCGAUUUAAGGUUGAUCAAUUUUGUAUUUGGAGGAGUUAAAAGUCGUUUUGAAGUGUUUCCUGGCGGUAAACCAGAGACAUAAUGGUCAACGUUUCUACUUACGUUAAAGAAGGGGGUGAACUAUCUUGACGUUCUGGUGACAUCUUUGGGGCGGGAUAGAUAGGUUCCAAUAUGGCCACUUCUUAGGAACUCCCAUUCAGUCCAGGAAUGUCAAGCUGCUCACACUGCAAGCCAGGACAGGAGCGAGCAGAACCACAGAGCGACAGAGGUUGGGGGCGUGGGGGCAGAAAUAUGUGUGUCAACGGUGGAGGUGAUAAAAUACCUGAUCAUCAUUUCACUGUAGCCAACUGUAGAUGUGUCCUUCUCAAGACAUUGCAUUCAUGAAUUAGUGAGGUCACAGAUUAAUUCUACUACAAUGUGACUUAGCCAAUCAGAAGGAGCUAUUUUGUCAUUAUUGUUGUGUCUAAUUUACUCCAAUUAUAAAACCAGUUUUCCUGUAUUAUGUGUACUGUAGGCUACUGUUUGACUGUGCAUGUAGCCUGGGUGCCCUAGGGACUCCUACUUUUUGCAGCUGUAUCUAUGUUUUUAGGGCCUGACCAAUAGUACUGGAUUUUGGUGAUGAUAAUGACAUUGAUAAAACAAACAAACAAACAAUUUUUUUUUUUAAUAAACUGAAUAAAGUUACAGAUAGCCAGACAAAAGAAACAUAUUUUAUAAUACUUUAAUAUGGUUAUUUAUUCAAAUGUAUUUCUUAGACCCUAUUUCUAUAAACUGAUCAAGACAUUUUACUCAGAAUUCAUUAUAAAUUAUUGUUAUGUACAUAUGUCUGUGUGUAUAUGUGUGUGUAAGGGAGGACAGCAAAUAAGGCUUCUAUCAGUUAUUUUUUAUCAGUAGCAGUAAUGGUGAUAGAAGUUGUUGUAUUAUUAAGAUUUCUUGUAUUAUAUUACCUAUGAUCAUAACUCUUCACGUGUCUGAUAACCUAAAGUAUAAGUAAAUGAAUGCAAUAUAUAAUUUCUAUUUCAAAGUAUUUCUCAUUUACAUGUAAAUACCUCUAAAUAAAGUAUAAACAAAACUGUAGGGCCAGUAGGGAAACAUCUUGCAUAUAUUAUUCAAAUUCCAUCCACGUCUGCACUUUUUCCGGAAAAGCACUCCUACAGGUGGGGAGGAGGAGAGCGGCCAGGUGAAGGCUACCGCAUUGACACCAGGACAAAGGUGGAGUAGGAUACAGUGUGAGUGUUGGAGUUAAGAAGUUUUAUCUAAAAUCUGCGUAAAGCCCAUAUAGUUUUAGUAAUGGUUUUGACGCAAGAAUCCGUCCUGUCUCUGCUCCUAUCGGAGGGAGGCAGAAUGAAGAAGUCCGACUUGGUGGGUAAUUUUAAAGGUUCAAUAGACUGCGUCGAUCCCGCAGAAAAAGAGCGGAACAGGGAGCUUUUCAAGACCUUUGUCAACAACGUGGCUUUCGUCAAAGAAAUCGACGGUGACCGGUAUGUUGUCAUUAAGAAAAUGUAUCAGCAUUUGCUGGACAAUGUCCAGACUGCAGCGGAGAGCCGUGUGGAAAAGACUGAGAAUGAAGAGAUUCCGUUGACAGGUGAGCAGCAGCGCCCACCUGCGCGGACUGAAGAGAAGACUGAGAGCUCUGAGGGCGCAAGAGGGGAGAGGUCAUCUCUCUCUGAACUUGAUCCAGAACAGGCAAGUGAAAGUGGUGACAAUCCUACAGAAUUACUGUCUCCUCUACAGCUAGCACUGCAGAGGAGCAAAUAUACUAAUAUUAGGGUUAAAAGGAUGCUGAAUUUUGAGAUCCAGAAACAGGGUACAAAUGGAGAUAAUUGCUCGAGGAGGGGUGCAGUAAAUGAGCCCACCGCCAUCCAGAGCAAACCUUACGCCUUGCCUCUGAGAAUGCCACCCAGCAGCACCAGGGUGGAGAUCCACAAGCUGAAGGUGGACCCAGAUGAUCCUCCUGAAAGUCCAAAACUGGAUGCCUCCAGGGGAAAGCGAAGACCCUCUUCAGCUGAGACAGGCAGUGGCGUCAGCUCACCCCAGCUGAGGAGGGUGGUGAAGACAACCAAGGCGUCAGAGGAGCACAAAGACACAAGGAUUCCCUCUACGCUUCCCCUGGAGCAGUCAGAGCAUGAAUGGCUGGUCAAGUGUGCCGCCGGCCACUGGAGCCAGGUUUACGGCCUGCUGCUGACAGACAACCAGCUGGCAGAGAAGAGGGACUUCAUGACAGGGUUCACUGCUCUGCACUGGGCAGCCAAGUGUGGGAACAGUGAAAUGCUUGUGAGGAUUAUUGAUCUGUCAAGGCAAGGAGGAGUUGAUGUUGACGUUAACGCAAAAACACAUGGCGGAUACACUCCUUUGCACAUUGCCGCCUUGCACGACCAGGAGUACAUCAUGGCCAUGCUGGUGGGAGAGUACCUGGCCGAUGUGAGCAUCAGGGACAACUGCGGGAAGAAGGCCUACCACUAUCUGCACAAAGGCAUCUCUGGGACUCUGAGAGAGAUGCUGGGUGAACCCAAAGCCCAGCAGGCUCAGGACAAGGCGCUGCAGGAGAAAGACGAGCUGGACCUGUUCCCGGAUCUCUCCAAGGGCCUGCAUUCAAUAAGUCGUCUCUUCCAGCCACACGUGGCAGGCCAGAAGAAGAAGCACAAGCAGAGGCUAGGAUUUCACUCGCUGAGCGACGACCCCAGUGAGGAGAGAGAAGACAGCAACGGCGGCUUCAGACAAAGAGUCAUAUCGGAUGCUUUUAUGUGAUGGAAAAACUCUUUUGUCAUCUUAUUUUCAUGAGGGAAUAGUGUGAAAACACAACAAGAACACAGCAAGAACAUUCAAAGAAUUUGACUGACAUUUUUGUUGGGCCUUCUUCAACAAUGAAAUCAACUGAGAAUCAAUCAAUCAGCUAAUCAGUGUCUCUUUUCCUGUUUGUGUUUUAUUUAUAUUUUCUAUCAGAUAUGAGAGUCAGACAUUGGGUGUGUGGUGAGAGUGAUGAUUAAGCAGUGACUAUUGAAGUAAUUUUGUAAAAUGUAAAAGCAACAUCUGCAAAAACAGAUAUCUCCCUCUAACGGAAAUCAAAUCAUCGAGACUUGAUGAAGAAUUGAUGAUGCCGGUAGUAGUAGUAGUAAUAGUAAUAGUAGAGUUUUAGUUUUAUCAUGUUACCUGAAUGAGUUGUAUCUUAAGAUUGUGUUUUGAGGUGUGAAUCAAACAUGACUCAGAAAAUAUUACAGUGGAUACAGAGAGUCAUGUUAUUAAUCAUCAUCUGUGGUGUCUGCCUCUUGAAGACCUCGGCUUAUCAGUCUAUCGUUACACUUAAACUGAUGUAGGCCUAAUGUUUGUUUUAUAGUGAAUUUUCCAUUUCUUUUUCUAAAUUAAGAGUUACAAAAAAAACAGCUGCACCAAGCACUGAAACCAGUAGGUAGCAGCACAGGUGAGGCUAUUUAUUUCUUACAUCACUGAGCUUCCAUCCAUUGCCUGUUUUAAAUGUCUUCAAAAUAUCCUUUCAAUGUCUAUUUUUGAUUUAAAAAAAAAAAAAAUACUAACAAGAAUUUCAAAGACAUUUUGAACAGACAGAUCAAGAUUUUACUUGUUCUCUUCUGUUUUCAUCUGAGUAAGAACUGAACCGAGAGUGGAGAAAUGGUCAUGCUCUCAAUUUCUACACGCAAACAUGCAUGAACUGAAAAAAAAAAAAUGGAUGUGUUGACUCAAGGGUGAAUCAAACCUGUAACAGCAACAAAAUAAAUAAAUAAAAAAAAGAAUAAAAAUCUGUGAACUUGCCCUGCAAGAAAACAAACACUGGAUUUCAUUGAAUUACAAUAAAUGUAACUAGAAAAGGUAGAGGUCAAGGUGUGUGCAGGUGCGUCAUAAAUCGUUACGCUCCCUGCGCGUGCCAAAACGUCUCUGACAUGUGGCUGUGAUUCAGCCAGAUAAGCAGCUGUCUGGGGAUGAGUGUGUGUUUUGCAAGUGUUUGCACGAAUGUGGCUGAAAGUGUGCGUUAAUGCCAUCACCGGCCCCAGCAGGCCGAGCAGAGGACAAGAAGUUGAAGAGCAGCAUUCAUGUAGGGCUCACUUAUCUGCCUUGUUUCCUGUCUGUUUUGGUUCAUUAGCCAUGACAGAUGUGACUAAGUGUCACCAACUAGGAGUCGACAAGAUGCUAAAGAUGACAUGCUUAGUUGCAACUUGUUAGGAAAAGAAAAAAAAAAAAAAGACGGAGAAAAAAGAAAUGGCAGAAUUUAGUAAUGGUAUGCAUCCUGUGGUCCCCGCCUCCAGUCCUCUCCCUCUGUUUCUUGCGUGUCUCAUGAUAUCAUUUUCCCCAACAGCAUAUAUGGUCUUUACGUCAAGACGAUGUUUCAUCUCUAAGCCUCUGGGUUUUAUUAAGCAAAUGGUCUUCUCUGCUGCUGCUGCUGCUGCUGCAAGGAGAAACGCCAACACGUGGUCAGGAACAACAUGAUGUUAAAUUACACUAUAAAAAAUGAACUGUUGAUACAAUGAAGUGAAGAGUGUGAGAAGUAGAUUCUACUUAUGUUCCAAAAGUAGAGAUUCAUGUUUUGAAACUGGUCCAUUUAUGAGUGUUGAUGAAUUAAUCUGUUCACGCUGUUGGCUUGUUUAAGGUUUAAAAAUGUUUACUGUAGGCUUUCCAUGGAAAGAGCUUAUUAAGUAAUACAAUGACUGAGAUAGUCUCCUCUAAACAGCUGUAAAGUAACAUGUUGUGUCUUGUUUGGUUAAGCCAUGCGCAGACAUAAAUAUUACAGAGCGUUACAUGCUGUCACGAUGCUUUGACCUGUGAAUUUCCCGCAGUGUAGUGAACUAACCAUAUGAAACGCAAUGUACUAAUUAGCGUUAAUUUGUGAGCUUUUUGGACAGAGUCAGGCCCUGCUUCCAGUUUUAAUGCUAAGCUAAGCUAAGCUAACUGCCUCAUGGCUGCAGCUUGGUACUGAACAUGCAGAGAUGAGAAUAUCAAUCUUCUUUUUUUAUUCUUGCCAA